GUUAAAUAUAUCUCUUUGUUUUCAUUCCAUUUCUAUCAUCUUUUAUGAAAAUGGAGAAGAAAGUUGGGAUAAUUGGAGCAGGCAUAAGUGGUCUUCUGGCUUGCAAAUACACAUUGGAGAUAGGUUUGAAUCCUGUGGUGUUUGAAGCCACAGAAAGGGUUGGUGGAGUUUGGGGCCAUACCAUCGAGUCUACUAAGCUCCAAAAUGUUAAAGAGACAUACCAGUUUUCUGAUUUCCGGUGGCCUAAUUCUGUGAAAGAAGCACAUCCUACUCAUACUCAGAUGAUGGAGUAUCUUGAAUCUUAUGCUCGACACUUUAACCUCUAUCAAUGCAUUAAAUUCAACUCCAAGGUCAUUGAUAUAGAUUAUGUUGGGGAAUCAUAUGAAGAAAUGAAGUCAUGGGACUUUUGGGGUGGAAAUGGUAGGGCUUUUGGGUCCAAAGGGAAAUGGCACAUAAGAGUGCAACAUACUAAAAACGGCACCUUAGAGGUGUACGAAGCUGACUUUGUCAUUCUCUGCAUUGGACAAUUCAGUGGCUUUCCAAACAUCCCCGAGUUCGGAGAAAAUCAGGGACCAGAGAUCUUCCAUGGCAAGUUGAUGCAUUCCAUGGAGUAUUCUGCUAUGGAAAGGCCAAGAUCAAAAGAACUUAUAAGAGGAAAAAGAGUCACAAUUAUUGGUUCACAUAAAUCUGCAGUGGACAUAGCAGCAGAGUGUGCUAAUAUAAAUGGUCCAGACCUUCCGUGCACAAUGAUCCGAAGAAGUUGCCACUGGUUUCUCCCCAGCAACUAUACCACUGUAUUUGGAAUCAGUCUCGGGUUUUUAUACGGCAAUCGUUUCUCAGAGUUAACCACACACAAGCCUGGCGAAACCUUUCUACACUGCAUUUUCGCUACAUUACUCUCUCCCUUGAGAUGGGUGAUUUCGAAGUUUGUUGAGUUCUACAUCAAAUGGAAUGUCCCAUUGAAGAAGCAUGGGAUGGUACCCCAACAUAGUUUCUUUGAGGACAUUUCCUCGUGUCAGAUUGGGAUGCUACCGGAGAACUUCUAUGACAAAGUAGAAGAAGGAAGCAUUGUUUUGAAGAAAGCACAAAGCUUUGCAUUCUGUAAUCAAGGUUUGAUCCUUGAUGGAGAAGCAAAACCUCUAGAAACCGAUGUUGUUAUUCUUGCCACGGGAUAUAAAGGUGACCUAAAGCUUAAAAGCAUUUUUGCAUCUCAAAUGUUCCAAGAACUCAUGAUGGGAUCCGCCGAUUCUAUAGUUCCUUUACACAGGCAAAUAAUUAAUCCUCGGAUUCCAGGACUAGCAGUUAUAGGAUACUCGGAAAGUUUCUCGAACUUGGGUUCGUCGGAGAUGAAAUGUCAGUGGCUAGCACACUUCCUAUCCGGAAACUUUGAGCUGCCAAGUAUAUGGGACAUGGAGAAGGAAAUUAGGGUGUGGGGAGAUUACAUUAAGAAGCUCGCAGGGAGGCAUUAUAGGAGGUCUUGCAUUAGUAACAUUUACAUAUGGUACUGUGACCAAUUGUGCAAAGACAUUGGAUGUAGAAGUAGAAGAAAGAAGGGAUUUUUGGCAGAACUUUUCGAGCCAUAUGGACCAACUGAUUACGCUGCUCUGUCUUCUGUGUCGACUAAAUCAAAAACUAGCUAACCAUGUGCUCCACUACUAGGCAUGGUUGAUGCACU